AAUUAUUUAAAUGUAUUAAAUGUAAACUUUCUCCUGAGGUCCCUUAGGCUGAUCGUUGCAAGAACAGGGUUUAUCCUUCACUCUUCCUUCUCUUCUCUAGUAUUCUCUUCUUUACCUUCUCUUGGUUUUUAUUUUCACCUUCCUUCUGAAUACAUGACUAAAAGAGGAAUGGAUGGGAUGGAUAUGCAAACAUAUCUACAGACUAAUGGUCACGAUAAUAACAACCAGGAUGCAAAACGACUAAAAAUGGACGGGAAAGUAGGACCCCCCUCAAAGGUUGUGCAUAUCAGAAACAUCCCAAAUGAAGUUACAGAAGCCGAGAUCAUCCAUCUUGGAAUCCCCUUCGGACGCGUCACCAACGUCCUCGUCUUGAAAGGCAAGAACCAGGCGUUCCUUGAGAUGGAGGAGGAGAGCGCCGCCGUGGCCAUGGUCAACUACUUUACUAACUGUGUUGCUCAGCUCCGUGAUCGAUCUGUUUAUGUUCAGUUCUCCACGCACACCGCACUCAAGACCGAUCAGACUCAUUCAAAUGCGAGCGCUAGCGCGCAGGCAGCACUUCAGGCCGCGCAGGCACUUUCAGGGAUGCCAGAAGGAAAAGAAGUGACUGGUGGUGCCAAUACGGUCCUGCGUGUGAUUGUUGAGCACAUGGUGUACCCCGUCACCCUCGACGUGAUCCAUCAGAUCUUCUCCAGGGUCGGCAAGGUCAUGAAGAUCGUCACCUUCACCAAGAACAACACGUUUCAGGCCUUGAUCCAAUAUCCCGAUGUAAUUACAGCCCAGGCCGCUAAGCUAUCAUUAGAUGGACAAAAUAUAUACAAUGCGUGCUGUACACUCAGGAUUGAGUACUCCAAGUUGUCCAACCUAAACGUGAAGUUUAACAAUGACAAGAGCAGGGACUACAUGAACCCUAGUUUACCAACUGGGGACCCAACCCUGGACCUCUCACACUCUACUGCUCUAGCUACCCAGUCCUUAGUAGGACCAGGUUUUUUAUCAGGAAUGCUGGGUUCACCCUUCGGUCACAUGGGUCUGGCCGGCCUUGCCGCCGGUCAAUUUGGUGCGGGUAUGCCCGGUCUAGGACUGCCCGGGAUGGGGUAUCCCUAUCCCUCGGCACAAGCCCUGGCACAGGUCGGCGUGAGGAUGCCAGGAAUGGUGGGACCCGCCGGAUGUGUUCUGCUUAUAUCCGGGUUGAAUGAGGUGGAUACGGAGCCGGAUCAUCUGUUUAUGCUGUUCGGGGUGUACGGAGAUGUUUUGAGAGUAAAGAUUUUGUUCAACAAGAAGGACACUGCUCUGAUUCAGAUGUCUGAACCUCAGCAGGCCAUGCUUGCCAUUACCAACCUAGACAAGGUCAAGUUGUUGGGUAAACAAAUUAGAGUGCUGCACAGCAAGCACACAACAGUUCAGGUAAAGAAUAUUUUCAACACAAUCUGGAUUCUGACGAAUUUUAAAUUUAUAGUCAUCCAUAAUUUCAAUAAGGACUGUCCCAAAAAUUCAAAUGGGGGCAGCCACCGAUAUCGUUCAGCUCUGUUUAAGAAGCCUGGCAGUAAAAAUUACCAGAACAUUUAUCCGCCCUCCGCCACCUUACAUCUCUCUAAUAUACCCGCCACAGUUGAGGAAGAGGACUUACGCACCGCCUUUACGUCUAUAGAUAUCGAAGUCCAGGCUUUCCGAUUUUUCCCAAAAGACCGCAAGAUGGCGCUGGCCCAGCUGGGAUGUGUGGAAGAUGCGGUAAAUGCGCUCGUAAAACUCCAUAAUUUCCAGCUUUCGGAAACUUCACAUCUUAGAGUAUCGUUCUCCAAAAGCACCAUCUAAGGAUGGAUUUGAUCGAACCUCAACUCACUUAAGAAUCUGAAACUUCAUGACUCUGCUUUAUUGCUUUCUUACCAAACGUGCCUUCAAGAAAACAGCGAUGAAUAUCAACUCUUGUAUUGAAGCAAAGUAUUUUUUUAACAAUUUUCUCAAUCAAAAUUUGCUCUCUUACUAGUAUUCGUAACAUUGGCUUUACAAUUGUAAACAAUUGUAAGUAUUUGAACAUACACACCGCUCUGCCUUACCGAAAACCGAAAUGUCAGUUUAAAAGUUUAUUAAUAAUUGAAUCGUCAAUGAAUUUAGUAUUAUCAUAAUGUAAAGCAUUUCUAUACUCGGCGCUGUAACUAAUAGCUAUGUUGCCUUAAUGAGACUUUAAAGGUCUGUUCUCUAGUUUUGAAUGAUUUCAAGCCAGUUCAAUGUUGUUACUCGUAGAUCUAAUUUCAAAACUAGGGUGCACCACUUUCUUGUCGGAAUUUUGUACAAAUAUUCUGUCCAUUUGUAACAUGUUUACUGUAGAACAAUCAGCCACAAGUGUGAGAAUUAUUCUAAUUUAUUUUUUACUUUUUUUAAAGAUUUCAGUAAUCAGAUUUAUACCACGUACAAUGUACAUUAACUACAUAAAUUCGAGGAUUUAACAAAACGGUGAAGCUAUGAAACAAUUACCAAAUCAUUUAUGUACAUUUUAAAUCCUCUUUUCUUCAAUCUUUAGCGGAAUUUUCAUUUAAAAUGAAUCGAAAUAUUUCCGCCAGUAUUAUACUAUACUGUACUUUCAUCUGUUCUAUAUACUUACUAAUUUCCGUGUUUUUUUAAUUUGUUUGAAUCUAAUCGACAAAAUGAUAUUUAACUGUUAGAUUUCGUUCAAUCAAAUCUUUUUCUGUAUAAAACCUUUAAAAUGAGCAUUUAAACUGCUCGCUAAAAAAAAAUCUUUUUCCAUGUUAGUUCUAAGUUUUUGUUGUGUUUAAGAUUCUUCUAUUCAGUGUUGUAAUUUAUAUAUUACAACCUGAUUUAUUUCUUAGUAUUUUCGCUUCUUUCGGAACCUUCCCGCAUCUUUAUGUUGGCGUUAGAGGGAAAACAAGAAAGGGGGCUUUCCCCUUCUCAAUUUUUCCUGCUUCGCCCCCUUUUUGUCAAUUUUCCAAAUUUCUUUUCCUUCUGAAUUAGGUCGGCUAACCGCUGGCUAUCCCACAGUAUUCAAAAUUUAGUUCCAAAGAAAUUAUCGAUUUAUACAAUUUAUAUAUAUUUUACAAAGUAUGUUUUAUGUCAGUUUGGCCAUGUUUUUUUUCAUGAAAUAAUUGUAAUUAUUGGCCAAUAAAUUUAAUAUUAAUGUU